AUGGCCCCGGUAGCAGCAACAGCAGCUCCGCUGCCCAACUCGAUUGGUAUCAGCAAUCUGCCAAAUCAACGACACAAGAUUGUUUCGAGGAAGGGUGUGAACUUUACUAUGAUGGUCGUAGAUCGUCUUGCUCUGGUCGUAUCGGAUGCAUCCGCUUACUUAACAUUUACUGAAGAGGUGGAAGAAAAGGGUUUUACAGUUAGAUUGACAGUCAUUGAUACACCUGGAUUCGGAGAUUACAUUAAUAAUGCAGACUCGUGGGUCCCUAUCGUCGAAUUCCUGGACGAACAACAUCAAGGCUACAUGUUACAAGAAGAACGAGGAGGUCGCAAAGGAACUGAUGAUUUACGGGUCAAUGUGUGCUUGUAUUUCAUUCAGCCUGGUGGUCACACGCUCAAACCACUUGAUAUUCAAGUCAUGAAGCAAUUGGGCACGAGAGUCAAUUUGAUUCCGAUCAUUGCCAAAGCAGAUACUAUGACUCCCGCCGAUAUGCUUGGAUUCAAGGACCGAAUACGUGAUGCCAUCAGUGCCCACAACAUUCAAGUAUACUCACCACCCGUUACAAGUGACGAUGAAGCCCUUUCCAAAGUCGGAUCAAGUCCUUUGUCAAUGAUGCCAUUCUCUGUUAUUGGAAGUGAAAAUGAAGUUGCAUUGGCUGAUGGCACCAAAACUCGAGGUCGAGCAUAUCCAUGGGGAGUUGCUGAAGUGGAGAAUGAAGCACACUGUGAUUUCAAGAAGCUUCGCAAUCUGCUGAUUCGAACCCACAUGCACGACUUGAUCAUGACCACUCAAGAAAACCACUAUGAAGCCUACAGAUCUGUGAAAUUGGCAGCUAUGGGCCGUACAGAUGAUGAUCCUGCUGUCAGAGCAAAGAAGAUGUUUGAAGCCAAGAUGAAGGAGGAAGAAGAAGCUCUUCGUAAACGAUUUACAGAGCAAGUUCGUAUGGAAGAGAACCGAUUCAGACAAUGGGAACAAAGGCUAAUUGCUGAACGUGAUCGACUCAACAAGGAUUUGGAAGCGCAACACAAGGCUGUCAAGGGGUUGGAAGAAGAGAUCCUCGCCAAACAGCAGGCAUCAGCUCCAGCCCCGUCGUAA